AUGUUUGGUAAAGAAGCAGCUGAACAAAUUUCAAACAUACCACUGUCAAAUGAUACUGUUCGUCGAAGAAUAAUAACAAUGUCGGAGGAUAUUGUAAAAAAUGUAAAUGAGAUAUUACAAAAAGAUAAAGAAUUCGCAUUACAACUUGAUGAAAGUACCGAUGUUUCUGUUUUGUCAACAAUUCGCCCACGAAUUGAAGACCUAUGUUCAAUUCGCCAAUCACAAGUAUCGCACUAA